AACGGAUCAAAACACCGAAAACUUCAAUCACCAUCAUGCAUGUGUCUGAAUACCAGAAGAUUUGUAUCAUUUGAAAAGAGAUAAGUAGAAAACACAGACUCAGAGGAAUACAAGAACUCAGCCAACAGACAGAAAGAACAAUAAACCUGUGCUCAGACAUGGCCAGCACCCAGACCAGUUUGAAAACCCCUUUCAAAGACUUGACCUCAUUCAAGGGCAACAUGAAACGGCUGUACAGGGAGCGACUAGAAGAUGCGCCCAUUAAGAAACGGGUGAUGGCGGAGAUCAACCUCAAGCACCGCAACUUGGAUUCCUUCCCCAGGACCCCCAAGGUGAAGAGGGAGCAGGCCGAGGAGCAGCAUCACGACUCUGACAUGAACGUCGAGGGCCGUGCUGAGUUGCACGUGGUGGGCUCUGCCAAAGCCCUGGACCUGAGCCCUGGGCUCAAACACACACUGGCCCAGUUCACCCUCAGCAGCCAGAGCUCCCUCGGGGGCCCAGCUGCCUUCUCAGCUCGUACUGGCCAGGAGCACUCCCCUGCUGGCAUGCCCCCACUGCCUUCCCCUCCUGUUCUUGGAGGGGGCCCCCUGCUGGUUCCCUGUGACAGCUCAACUGAGCUCACCCAUUCCCUGCUGGAAGGAGAAUCUAUUUCUUGCUUCGCAGUGGGGGGAGAGAAGCGCCUCUGCCUGCCCCAGGUGCUCAAUUCAGUGCUCCGCGACUUCUCGCUGCAGCAGAUCAAUGCUGUGUGUGACGAGCUCUACGUCUACUGCUCGCGCUGUGAUGCUGAGCAGCUACACAUCCUCAAGGUGCUGGGCAUUCUGCCAUUCAACGCGCCCUCCUGUGGCCUCAUCACCCUGACAGAUGCACAACGGCUGUGCAAUGCCCUCCUGCGCCCUGGGGCUGCCUUGCCCACUGACCCCAGUGGCAAGCUGCCGGUUCAGGGCCUGCUGAAGGAGAGCGAAGCCAGCUUCCAGGUGGAGCACCAGUGCCUGGGGAAGUGCCAGGGCCUCUUCGUGCCCCAGUUCUACACCCAGCCCGAGGCACCCUGCAUCCAGUGCGUAGAGUGCCAGUUGCUAUUUUCACCACAGAAGUUUGUCAUGCACUCGCACAAGUCGCCUGAUAAGAGGACCUGCCACUGGGGCUUUGACUCGGCGAAGUGGCCCUGCUACCUGCAGCUCGCUAGGAAGUACCAGGGCACGCCAGAGGAGCCCCAGCUCAAGCAGCUCCUGGACGAGGUCAAAGAGAAGUUCCACUACCAGCUCAAGCGGUCGCUAGACAAAAAGGCGGUGGAGGAGGAGGAGAGCCAGGUGAGGAAAGUGCCGUCAGAGCUGUGCUCCCCCAGCAGCAAGCUGGCCGAUACUGACCCUGCAAGAAAAGGUAAAACAUCUCCACCCACUCUGGUGUUCAACCGUCUCUUCUCUGACAUCAAGGAGGAGCCGGGACACCCUGCCUUGGUCCACCCCAGUUACUACCUGUACACAUAUGAUAAGAUGGUGGCUCCAAACGUGUCUCUGCGGAGGGAGGCGGAGAUGAGCCCCGAGGUGCUGGGAGCGCUGCUCAAACAUCACUACAGCCGCAGAGCGCUUGGCCACGACGAGCCGCCCAUGGACCUUCAUGCGUCGCCUCCCGUUGCUACCGGCGCCGAGGAGGCCAAAUCCCAACGUGCUGCUGCUGCCUCGGCCGCCGAGCGGGAACGCCAAACCCAGGCAGUUUCCAUGGAGACCAGCAGCCCGGGCUGCAAGAAAGCCGCCCACACCCCUCCUCCUCCUCCCCCGCCUCCUGUGUCGUUGUUGUCACCAGGAACGGAAGUAGCGGCUAAGGACAUGGGCUCCGCCGCUAGCGCUGCUGCAGUGGUGGGGGGGUUGGAGGACGACAAGGACAGGAUCGUGGUGGAGAUCAUGCAGAUGUACAGCAGGCAGCAGGAGAAGCUCAACUCCACCCUGCACAAGCAGCUGCAGCUGGAGAUGGAGCUGGAGGCGUUACGCGGGGGCGAGGCAGCAAGGCUACGGGAGCUGAGCGCAGAGCAGCGGGAGCUCCGCAGCGAGCUGGAGGCGGUCCACAGCGAGCAGGCACGGCGGCUCAGUCAGGCCCGCCAAGAACAGCUGGAGCUGGAGACCCGUCUGGAACAGCUCCGACAGCAGGCCUGUGCCUGCGAGCCAGGGGCACAGCGCCAGCAGGAGGCCCACUACGCUGCACAGUUGUCGGAGCUUCGUCAGAGGCUGGAGAAGGCGGAGGCGGACCGGCAGGAGCUGCAGGAGGAGCUGCGCAGGGAGCGGGAGGCACGGGAGAAGCUGGAGCGCAUGAUCUCCCAGCUCAAGCAGCAGAUGGCCCAGUCUGGCACGGCGGGAGGCAGCCCCUCUCCCCCUCCCACCCCUUCCACCGGACCCCCCCAUGCCCACUCCCCACCCUCCUCUUCCUCCUCUUCCUCCACCUCAGAGGCCCCAGAGGCUGGCCAAAAGUAGCUGCCGCCCUUCCAGGCCCCUCCCUCAUUUCUCCCUCCCUCUAUCCAUCAUCCGCCAGCUCUACAGACACAAACAAAUCAGCCUGAACCAGAAAAGAGCUCCACAUUUCCCCUGAGGCUGUUUUUUUUUUUUUUUUUUUUUUUUUUUUUUAAGUUUGUUUCAGUGUGCAUCACCCUUCUCUCCUUUGUUUUUUUGUCGUUUCUUUGUCCCCAUAUAGGACUGACUUUUGUUUUUGUAAUUUAACAUUGACUUAAAAGAAAUAAGUUCUAUCUUGUGUUUUUUUUUUUUUUUUUUUUUAUUCCCACCUGCGUUCCCCUCCCUCCUCUGUAAACAGUAUUUAAACAUUUUUGGGGCAUGUAUAUGUUGAUUUUAAUUUAUAGUUUUUACUGAACAAAACGACUGCUUCACACACAGGAGUCUGGUCAUUUGGAGACCAAAUUCAUUCAUUUCAAACCAUCUUUCUCUUUGUUUCGCCCCUCAAAUUUCACCUCCCUGCUCCGUUCCUCUUCACUCUCUCUGGAAUCAGGAGCUGAAGAAUUGUAAUCUACAGAGAUUUAGGAGUUCGGCUCGGACACACAGACUCUUGUCUCAGCCGCUUGCAAACUUCACUUCAAUCUACUACCUGGCACGGCAGUGUGGCGCCCUUGGACACAUAACGGCGCCCCCUCUCUGUCCUUCUGUACAUAACAGCCCAAACGCUCAAUUACCAGCGACUGCAGGAAACUGCAUGGACAUUUUUCAUUACAGUUUUCCUUUUCCGUUUUCCCUUAUCAAGUGCAAAGAGAGAAAGAUUUAACAAGUUCUACAUGUGUAUAAAAACAUCAAAUCUAUAUGGAUGAAAAAGACGUUUUAUUGUAUAAAGACAAAACCACAAAAAACAUGUUGCAGACAUCGUAAAACCUCAUGAAAAUAUGCCAAUAGUGAUGCUGAACUUGAAUUGAGUGUUUGAGUGCGAGCCCCAAGGUAGCUAGCUAGUCCUCUGGUCUGGAUCCCAGCCGCUCCCAGCGCAGACUAGUUUCUCUGUAGUUUUCUUUCUUUUCUUUUUUUUUCUUCCUCUUCAGCCUGCUGGGCAACACCUGGACUCUCCUGCCACAGACCAAACAGUCUGUUGGCUGAUCCGCCAGCUGCCCGCCGGCCACGCCCCCUCCCCUCCCUCCCCCUCGAGACCUCACACCUUCCACUGCUGUAGGCUAGCACCAAUGCCCUCUGCUGGGAAACUCCUUAACACUGUGGUUUUCACCCACUUUGGCCUAGACAGGAAACACUGUGUUCUUUUCAGGCUUGGCAUGAGGAAGCUCAUGAGAGGUGUUAUGCACUUAACCCCCCCUUCUCCUUCUUCUCCUUCUUUUCGACUCCCCAGACCCCCUGGGAAUGGAAUGUGUCUGGGAGUGUGUAUAUACACACACAUAUAUUUAUAUAUAUGUGUGUAUAUAUAUAUAUGUGUGUGUGUGUGUGUGUGUGUGUGUGUGUGUGUGUGUGUGUGGAAGGGGGGUGAGCUAGUGUAGCUUUUGUGAGAGGGAAAAAGGCAGAGUCUCACAUGUGUGGUAGCUGCACUCUGUUACCAUAAUACGACAUCCUCACACACACCACGCACAUUCGAGUGUGUCAGCGUGGUCCAAGCAUUCAGGCAGAACAAUGGCCCCAUCGUUCCCAGAAGAUGAUCAAAGCUAGAGUCUGUCCCGGUUUUCCGGGCCUUUUUUUUGGUUUUGUUUUAUUUGACUUCAUUGUCAGUGGACGGUUUUUAUCCCCACCCUGUUUGUCAGAGCGUCAUCUUGUCCCAAGAAUGUGGGUCACAGGUGAAAGCAGUUAGUCCAGGGUGGUUUGGGGUUUCGGGUCCAACCCCUGCUUCACGUUAUUCUGCCUGGCUGAACAAACAGCACCGAGGAAGAGGGAGGCGAGGGAUCGAGGGGAGCGCGCAGGGGACUGACGCCCCCUCCAUGCGGCUGGCUGGGUGGCCCGGACGCCAGGGGUACAGAGAGAGCCCCUUUUGUCCAUGCCGUCAGAAUGGGGGCAGCUGUUGUUGUCUGGGGGCCUCUCCCUGCCCUCGGGUGAGACUGUACAGGAUCCCCCUCCCUUCUCUUUGACGCCCCACCCUCUCCUCUCACAGAAUGGCCAUCACUCACUCACUCACACACACACACACACACACACACACACACACACACACACAUACUCACACAUACCCGUCCAUCCAUCUCCAGUGCCAGAUCAGCUGUGGGGGAGUGGGGUGUGCAGUGUUUUGUAGAUGCCCAGGAGAGCGAGCAGACGUCCAGCCAGAGGAAGAGAGGACUGUUAUUGUGUCAGUUGCCAGGCAAAAGCGCUUUUUAUUGCCACUAAAGAGAUCCCUGCAAGUGAGUGCGUGUAAAUAAUUGUUUAAAAAGAAGGGGAUUAGCCUUGACUAAACUCUGAGCUUUUUUAUGCAUCUGCUAUAAAUGCAAAUUGAUAGACAUUCCACUGUGCUCCAUCCUGUUCAAUGCAGAUUUUUUUCUUACACAGCCUCCCUUUACAAUGACAGACCUUAAAGACCGGGCAGAGUACAGUUGUGGUUUGUUGGCAGUCAUAAAUGCAGGUGUAUUCAUGAGAAGAGAGAGUCUGACAAUAGAAGUGGGUAAGCCGAAAAAUCCAACCCAUGCCGCAAAUGUACACUCUACUGUUGUUCCAUAUAAACCUUUAUUGAAAUUAUGAAAGAAAAAGAUAUUUAAUGUAUUAACUAAAGAUUUAUAUACAUGUUGUAAAUACAGUAGUCAUUAAUAUAUUAACUGUUCUUAUAUGAAUAAUCUUUAAAAGGUUCUAUAAAUUGGACCAGAACUGAGGCUCCAAACAGAUUAAAUGUGUUUCCUUUCUUUUUUCUUUUUCUUUUUCUUUUUUUUUUUUAACAAGUUGACUGUUGUCAGUGAUAACCCUGCAGCAAGGGUGCAAGUUGGAUGUGGAGGAGUGUGAAGCAUUGUUCUGAGACAUGAUGCAGGACAGACACAAAAUAGGAAAAAUGCUUUUCUCUACACAGUUCUCCCCUUCUGAACUGAUUGCUCCAUUUGUUUAUUUGUGGAUUUAAUCUUGAUGGACUGUGGAUGUGUAAUGUAAUAAGCUUUUCCUCUUUGUUAACCUGACCCCGUUAUUCCCCAGCAAAAAUGAAAAGUAAACAUUAGUUUGACAAAAUGCAUUUUGGAAAAAAAAAAACUAAAAUUAUUUUGUCUUGCAUGUCUCACUGCCCUUUAUGUUUGAUUUCACCAGGCCACUCUAUUGAUCUGUUUAUUGUAAAGUGGAUAUCCAUUAAAUACCCCCCCAGUAAUGCACAAGCUAUUGAGAUGGCUCAUAUGCAUGAUAAACUUUGACAGAACAUGUGCAAGUUUUUAUAAUGAAUUAUUCUUAUUGGUUGAAAAUGUAAAUUCAAAGUUAAAUUUACCAACAACGUAAAAUGUAGCCUCAUUUGAUUUGGAAAUGAUACAGACCUGUGAGCGUGUGCAUGCGAGCGUGCGUGCGUGUGUGUGUGUGUGUGUGUGUGUGUGUGUGUGUGUGUGUGUGUGUGUGUGUGUGUGUGUGUGCGUGCACAUGUGUGGGCACUUAGUGUGUUGGCCACCCACUUUUGACUGAAGCAAAGCACAGCAGCUAUGAAAAGGGAAAAGACUUGCUCAUGUAGCUCUGUGGAUGUGUAAUCAUGUUAUCUGAUUUGAGAUGGUGUAUCUUUGGCAGUGGUCUUUUGAAAUUGAAUGCAUUGUUUGGAUGUGAUAACAUCACUCAAAUGAUAAUCAGUAUUAGUUUUCUAUUGACAUAAUUACCUCUUCAGCAGUCAACACAAAAUCCUUUUUACUUUAGGGGAUGUCUGAUGUAUUUCUGUAUUUUACUUUCUGUGUAAGUUGCAUUUUAUACACAAGGGGGCGCUCUUUAUCUACUUUAGUUCUAUGGUAUAAUGAGAAAAUGGACUUUAAGAUGGGGGGGAAAAAUCCCUUGUAACACGGAGUGCUGGGCCCUCUUGCAUUUGCUGUGUUAUGAGAUCUUGGAUAUGCUUUGUACAGAAUUUUUAUAGGUGUGCAGUUUGCCCAACUCACUAAAAUAAGGAUUUGCCCUGUCCCACUGGAAGGAACACGGCUUUACCAUUUGAAUACAUUUGAAUACAGGAUUUGCAUAUCCAUGGAAUGCUUCCCGGCUGUAUGAAGAUUAUAAAACUAGGCGAGUUCUGUAAACAAAAUUCAAGGUGACCUUUGAACUGAUUGGAGGUGACAAUGCUUUGUAGUUGAGUGUAUAAUUUUCAGCCAGCAAAUUGCGAUUAAGCCAGUGUGGGAGAACUAGGAAGUAGGCUGCACCUUGUGAUAAAAUUGAUCACAUGGAUAGGCAUGAACUGGUUACUAAGAAUAGGUACACCAUGUUUUCAUUUUAUACACCUUACACAUCCUAUUAGGAAGAUGAAAAAAAAAAUAUUUAUGGCUUUGUUAAAUGAAACAUUUUUUUUUCCCUCAAUGCUAUUCUGAAACUUAAAACGCAGUGUCUGUGUAUGACCAUUGCAUACUAUGUUGCCAAUACUACAGUGUGAUGAGACGUUUGUUCUUGCAUGAAUCGAGACACUGUUCUCCUACCUCAUGUUGUGAUAUAAAAAAAAAAGUUUUUUAAGCAGAAGACACUGCAUCUCUAACCGUUUAUCAUAAUUGAUAUUUACUAGUAAAUUACAUACCUGUAAAUGCUUUUAGCUAAUACCUCAGUUGUAUCUAGUGUUUUUUUUUCUGUUUUUGCCCUUCCUUGAUUUCAAAUCUUGUAAAUAUACCCUGUAUAGACAAUGAACUUGGAUCAAAUUCAAGUAAAGUUCUGUAGUGUCAA